AUGUCUCGACUUAUAGUUAAGAAUUUACCAAAUAAGGUAACUGUAGAUAAAUUAAAAGAUAUAUUCGGUGAAAAAGGCGAAGUAACUGAUGUGCAAUUGAAAUACACGAAAGAUGGCAAGUUUCGGAACUUUGGUUUCAUUGGAUAUAGAACAGAGGAACAGGCCAAUCAAGCAAGGGAGUACUUUGAUGGAACAUGCAUAAAUUCUAUGCAAAUCCAAGUCCAAACAUGUGCAAAUUUGGGUGAUGAGAAAAAACCAAAAGCUUGGAGCAAAUAUGCACCAGACAGUAGCGCAUACAAGAAGCUCCACAAAGAUGAAAUUGAAGAUAAAAAGAAGGCUGAAAAGAAAGAGAAAAAAGUUGAGAAAAACAAAAAUAAAAUCAAGGAACUACUCUGGAAGCAUAAAGAUGAUCCACUAUUCACGGAAUUCAUAGAAGCCCAUGUGAAUGACAAAACAGCUUGGAUAAAGGAAGCCUUAGAUUCUGCUUCAAAGAGUGAUAAUGAUGAUGAUGAUGACAUCAACAUUGAGGAAACUAAUGAUGAACAGAAAGAAACCCAAAAGAAAGAUGAAAUUCCUGUAAAAGAUAAACAAAGUAAGAAAGAUGAAACAGAAGAAGUAAAAAAACAUAAAGAACAACCUAAGAAAGUUGCAGAAACUGCAAUCAGUGAUUUAGAGUACAUGAAAUUACUAAUGAAGAAAGUGGGAGAUCCAGCAAGAGAAAAAGUAACAGAGGAAUCAAAUGAACAGACAAUAGAAGAACAGCAACCAAAGAAAAUUAGAAACAGACCAUUGUUUCAUGUUAAAAUUAUGGGUCUGCCAUACAAGUGUAAAAAGAAGGACAUUAAAGAGUUCUUCAGGCCUCUAGUACCAUUCUCAAUAAGAUUACCCUAUGGUAAAGGAAAGAAGGUCACUGGGUUCUGUUACGUCGGGUUUAGAACCGAGAAGGAGUUUAAGAAGGCUCUAGGAAAAGACAAAUUGUUUUUAGGUAACCACCGAAUACACAUACACAAAUAUGAAGAUAAAUCAAAAUUAGCUGCAGAGCAGGAAGAAGAAUCAAGUAGAAAGAAAAGAGAGGAGAUAUCGAACAACGAAGAAAGUAUAGGAGAAAGUGGUAGUAUAUUUGUACGAAACCUGCCAUACGUGGUAUCUGAGGGAGAAUUGACAAGUUUAUUUGAAAAAUAUGGUCCUCUAGCUGAGGUCAACAUGCCAAUUGACCCUAUCUUGCGGCAGCCGAAAGGUUUCGCGACGGUAACGUUUGUGAUGCCAGAACAUGCAGUGAAAGCUUACACAGAGCUGGAUGGCACGGCGUUCUGCGGCAGAAUGCUACAUCUAUUACCAGCCAAGUCUGAGAAACUUGAAGAUGAUGAAGACGAAGAAGGUCUAUCGUUCAAGGAGAAGAAAGCAAAGAAGCUGAAAGCGCAAGCGAAGUCUUCUCACAAUUGGAACGUGUUGUUUCUUGGCCUAAAUGCUGUCGCUGACGUCAUCGCAUCCACAUACAACACCACGAAGGAACAGCUUCUCAAUGACAACAACAAGAAUACAAGCGCUGCUGUCAGAUUGGCCCUCGGUGAAACGCAGCUCGUCGCCGAAACCCGAGCUUUUCUUGAAGGAAACGGAGUUUAUUUGGAAGCAUUUAACAAACCCGCAAAAAAGAGAUCAAAGACAUGCAUUCUUGUCAAAAAUUUACCAGCAAACACAGAAAAAGAAGAAAUAAAGUCUUUGUUUGCAAAACAUGGACAAAUAGCAAGAUUCUUAAUGCCACAACACGGCAUAACAGCCCUUGUUGAUUUCAUUGAACCGUUUGAAGCAAAAAAAGCAUUCACAAAACUGGCAUAUUCACAAUUUAAGAACGCGCCGCUUUAUUUGGAAUGGGCACCUGAAAAUGUGUUUAUAAAAUCGGCUGAGAUAAUUGGUUCAGAUAAAAAUACGAUUGCGGCACAAUCUGAUAUACAGGAUGAGGAACCUUCAUCCACCCUCGCACCGGUAUCUAAAGAACCUGAUAGUAAUAAUCAAGACAUCAAGGAAGAAGAUGAAACAGAACUGGAGGAACCCGAAAAUGAUACAACAUUAUUCGUUAAAAAUCUUAAUUUCAAAACAACCGAAGAUAAUCUCAAAGCGCAUUUUUCAUCGGUUGGGAAAGUACACAGUGUGUCUAUUGCAAAAAAGAAGGAUCCGAAAAAUCCUGGCCAGUUUCUUUCAAUGGGUUAUGGCUUUGUGCAGUAUUAUAAAAAGGAACACACUAAUGAAGCUCUUAAAAAUCUGCAAGUUACUACUUUGGAUGGAAAGUCUCUCGAAUUAAAGAGAUCAGAAAGGGGAAAUACAAAUGAAGUAAGGACUUCUAAGAAGAGCAAUAAAGAUACAACUCAAAAUGGCACUAAAAUUCUCGUAAGAAAUGUACCGUUUCAAGCAAAUAGAAAUGAAUUACACGAAAUUUUUAGGGCUUUCGGUGAAAUUAAAACUUUACGGCUGCCUAAAAAAUUAGCUCCUGGGUCGGAUCAACAUCGGGGUUUUGCAUUCGUGGAUUACUACACUAAAGCAGACGCCAAGUCUGCCUUCGACGCACUAUGCCAAUCGACCCAUCUUUACGGGCGGAGACUGGUGUUGGAGUGGGCGGAACAAGGUGAUGACACAGAAGACGUUACUAUGUUAAGAAAAAGAACAGCGCAAAGUUUCAAUGCGCAAACUCCAGGAGGAAAGAAAUCUAGAAAAGGUGCUGUUGAUGUUGAAAAAUUCGUUGAAGGUGAUGAUAGUGCUAUGUAA